AUGGUCGACAAAGAAAUACUGGAAGUGUUAGGCGUCAGUGGUCAACGUAAGCAGCUGGACAUACAGUGGUUUGGAGGUAGAGCAAUCCAGGAACCUACAAUUUUAGUUGAUCUUUAUGUAAAUGGGCGUGGGUUGGGGAAAAAGCAUAAGUUACGUAAUGUUUACGGGGUAAGCAAUCUCAAUCUACCUACGCAAACCUUGUUAGAAAAAGAUUUGGUUAAUCUAAAGAGUAGCGAUAAAUUUAAUCAUUUGUUGUACUAUGACGUUACGCCGAAGCUCCUUAUAGGUUUAGAUCACUGCCACCUUGGGUUGCCUACUAAGACCAUGGGCAUUGGAGGACAUGGUCCGUAUGCAGCUAAUACCGAGCUUGGUUGGGUCAUCUUUGGGCCUUCCAAUAGAGCAUCCAAUCCAAAUGCUACGUGUCUGAUGGUGUGUUCGCCGAAGGAGUCGGAGCUUCACGAUAUGGUAGCUGACUAUUUUGAAACGGAAAACUUUGGUGUGAAAGCUGUAUCCCCGAUACCAAGUGCUGAGGACAUACGUGCCAAGGAAAUCUUGGAAGCUACUACUCAACAGAUCAACGGAAGGUUUCAAGUAGGUCUGCUGUGGAAAACAGAUGACAUUGUGUUGCCGGAAAGUUACACGAUGGCCUUGAAGAGAUUGUGUGGCAUUGAGCGCAAGAUGAAACGUAAUGUAGAGUUUGCCACAGCAUACAAAGAGAUAAUCGAAAGUUAUCUUAGAAAGGGGUACGCCCGCAAACUGCUUGCUGAAGAAGCCACUACGUACCAUCCGAGGAACUGGUACCUGCCACAUUUUGCAGUCCUCAAUCCUAAUAAACCGACGAAACUGCGUCUCGUUUUCGACGCAGCAGCUUUUUCGAAUGGAACGUCACUCAACUCAAACCUGUUGAAAGGACCACAGGAUUACCGCCCGCUCCCCGCAAUACUGUUCCAUUUUCGCGAAGGCCCAGUGGCAGUAUGUGGCGAUGUCAUGGAAAUGUUCCAUCAAGUCGUAGUUCAACCAAAUGAUCGAUGCGCUCAGCGAUUUCUAUGGCGUGGAGGAGACGAUACAAAGCCACCAGAUGUUUUUGAAAUGGUUUCGAUGACCUUCGGAGCAGCUUGUUCACCAUGUGCAGCUCAUUAUGUGAAGACGAUGAACGCCUUGCAACAUCGUAACGCAGAUAAUUUGCGAGCAGUGAAGGCCAUACUGGAAUAUCAUUACGUGGAUGAUUUUGUCGACAGUUUUGAGUCUGUAGCUGAAGCUAUUAAAGUCACUAAGCAGGUGUGCGACAUCCAUAAACGUGCUGGGUUUACCCUACGUCACUUCGCCUCGAAUUCGCCUGAUGUCUCGAAGUCACUGGGAUGCGAUGAAGUUGCACUGAACAUCCAACGAAAAGAAAGCUUUUCACCUGAAAAAGUUUUGGGGAUGUAUUGGCGACCCAGCAGUGACGAUUUCAACUUCGAGGUAAAGUUCAACUAUACUGACAAGACUGUCUUGGAUGGAUUGAGAAGCCCAACAAAACGAGAACUUCUUAGUAUUGUUAUGUCGAUAUUUGACCCCAUAGGGUUUUUGUGCCACUUCACGAUCGUGGCGAAGUUGAUACUAAGAGAAGUUUGGAGUUAUCGGGUCAGAUGGGAUGAGGAUAUUCCGGUUGAAGUCAACUCAGCAUGGGAGAGGUUCCGAAAGCAAAUUCCCAACGUGACACAAUGCCACAUUCCGCGCCCUUAUUUCGACAAUAAAACUAUAAAGCAAUUGCAACUGCACAUAUUUGUUGACGCAAGUGAGCACGCAUUCGCAGCGGUAGGCUAUUGGAGGUACACAACAGAUUGUGGCAAGAUAGGUAUGUCGUUUGUAAGCGCUAAGACUAAAACUGCUCCAUUGAAGCCUCUAACGAUUCCGCGUCUUGAACUUCAAGCAGCUGUUCUGGGUGUGAGGUUAAAGAAAAUUAUCUUUCAGGAACAUUCGUUAAAAAUAAAUGAGUUUUUUCUAUGGAGCGAUUCAAGCACCGUCCUACAUUGGAUAAAUAGCGAGCACCGCAGAUACAAGCCCUUUGUCGCGCACAGUGUUGCAGAGAUUCUUGACGAAUCUAAGCCGAGCAAUUGGAGAUGGGUGCCCACGGCCGACAAUGCAGCUGAUGAAGCUACGCGUGCCAAGGGCCCGAUAGACUUCUCCCCAUCAUCGUGCUGGUUCAGUGGGCCAACAUUUCUUAAAGACAUACGAGAGCAUUGGCCUGUUUUUGUCUCCGCCACAAAAGUAAAGACUGUAGGUAACGAUGACGAGGAGAUCAAACCGAGAUUUGCGUUAAUGGUUGCGCGUAACACUCUAAUCGACUUUAAUCAAUUUUCAUCGUUUACCAAGCUUAGACGUACUAUCGCUUAUAUCCUUAGAUUUAUUUCGAGAUGCAGAAAGCAGAAGCGAAGCCAGCAAACAUAUGGACUAACAGCAGAAGAGAUUGAAAAGGCACAAAUAACCUUAAGUCGUUUGGUUCAAAGGGAAACGUAUGCCGUCGAGUUACACAGCAUUGCCUUGAACCAACCAGUUUCGCGUGACAGUGAAUUACAUCAACUAAGUCCCUAUGUUGAUGAAGAUGGAGUGCUAAGGGUCUACGGGAGAAUUGAUGCUGCCACUUGGCUUCCGCGUUACGUCAAACGCCCAAUUAUCCUGCCACCAGGUCAUGAAGUUACGAAGUUGAUAGUCGCUUUCAAACACAAUAAGAUGUUUCAUCAAAACACAGAGGCAACCAUCGCCGAAAUUCGCCGCACAUUCUGGAUCCCACGACUUCGUCAAGUUCUGCGUUCCGUCGUCACUAAUUGUGUCGUGUGCAAAGUAUCGAAAGCAAAACCAGUUGCACCGUUAAUGGGAUCACUACCGCAGGACCGUCUAACGCCAUUUGUCCGACCGUUUACGUUUACUGGCCUCGAUUAUUUCGGGCCGAUCAACGUUGCGAUAGGUCGACGAACGGAGAAGCGAUGGGUUGCCCUAUUUACCUGCCUCACGGUGCGGGCCAUCCAUUUGGAAUUGGCACAGGAUCUCUCGACUGACGCUUGUAUACUAUGUAUACGCAACUUUAUCAACAGACGAGGAGUACCCGCACGUUUGCGUUCUGACAACGGAACAAACUUUAUAGGAGCAGACAAGGAGGCUAAGAAGUUCACGGAAGUCUUUGAUUGCGAGAAGAUCCAGGACGAGCUGUCGUCGAGGGGAGUUCAGUGGAUAUUCAACUGGCCGAGUAAUCCGUCAGAAGGUGGAGCGUGGGAACGAAUGGUGCAGUGUGUCAAACGAGCCCUGUGGCAUACUCUGAAAGAAGAAUCUCCGAGAGAGCAUACGCUGAUAAGCGUGCUAAUCGAGGUCGAGAACGUUGUUAAUUCCAGGCCACUAACCCACGUUCCAGUAAGCAGCGAAGAGGAAGAACCAUUGACGCCAAAUCAUCUUUUGUUGGGCUCGGAGAACACGGCUAACACUCCGAGCGUUGAGGAUCCUAUCAAGAAAUUGUGCACUCUGCGUAAACAGUGGAGGAUAUCACGUCAAUACCGAGAUCGUUUCUGGAAACGCUGGAUAGCAGAAUAUCUGCCAACGUUGACGCGAAGGGUUAGGUGGUGCCGCAGAGCAAGGGCAUUACAGGUCGGCGAUUUAGUACUAAUUUGUGAGGCGAGCACACCAAGAAGUGGUUGGUGCCGUGGCAGAGUGGUGCAAGUAUACAGGGGGACUGAUGGUGAGGUUCGUCGUGCUGACGUUCGCACUUGCGGUGGUAUGUUACGACGUCCUGUAUCCAAAUUGGCCAUCCUGGACGUGGCGGACGAAUAA